CUUACUCCGGUCGGCUCGUCAUUUCCUCUGUCAUUCGAGCUCUUCGUGUUCUUCAAGUCACUUCAGCUCAACAAUUAGCAUAAUGGCGGACGCAGCUCCAGCCGGUCGUGGUGGAUUCCGUGGCGGUUUCGGUGGACGUGGUGGCGGUGGCGGUGGUGACCGUGGGGGCCGUGGUGGACCACGUGGUCGGGGCCGUGGACGCGGUCGCGGCCGUGGUCGUGGCAAGGACGAUUCAUCCAAAGAAUGGAUUCCAGUCACAAAGCUAGGACGUUUAGUACGCGAAGGAAAAAUCCGCACUCUCGAAGAAAUCUACUUGUUCUCUCUCCCCAUUAAAGAGUUCGAAAUCAUCGAUUUCUUCAUUGGAUCUUCAUUGAAGGAUGAAGUCCUCAAGAUCAUGCCUGUACAGAAGCAGACUAGAGCUGGUCAAAGAACUAGAUUCAAGGCUUUUGUUGCCAUUGGUGACAGCAAUGGGCACAUUGGUCUUGGCGUCAAGUGCAGUAAAGAAGUAGCCACUGCCAUUCGUGGGGCUAUCAUCUUGGCUAAAUUGAGUGUUGUACCUGUCAGACGUGGUUACUGGGGUAACAAGAUUGGUAAACCCCACACAGUACCUUGCAAGGUUACUGGUAAAUGUGGUUCAGUUGCUGUACGUUUAAUCCCAGCACCCAGAGGUACUGGCAUUGUAUCAGCUCCUGUACCCAAGAAGCUUCUGCAGAUGGCUGGUAUUGAAGAUUGCUAUACCAGCGCUAGAGGUUCCACUGGAACUUUAGGUAAUUUUGCAAAGGCUACUUAUGCAGCCAUUGCUAAGACUUACUCCUACUUGACACCUGAUUUAUGGAAGGAAAUGCCAUUGACAAAGACUCCAUAUCAAGAAUUUGCUGACUUCUUAGCGAAGACUGUUCACAAGCCAGGAAUGAGAACCAUUGACAUGAAUUAAUUUGAUUGCUGGUACAUCUAUUCAAAAUAAAACUUUGAAAAAAA